AGACAACCAUCUCCACUCUACCUCACAUUCUAUAUGGACAUUUAAAUUUACUAUCAAACCAAGAUUAUAAGAAAAAAACAUGGAGUCUCCAUAGCAUCUGCAAAGCAAAGAUGGAAGGAGUGUUUCAGUUGCAGAAACAGUUGGUUGACUACACAGCUUCACUGUUCAAAGAGGGAUUUCUGGAUGAUCAGUUUAACCAACUUCAGCAACUGCAAGAUGAGAGCAACCCAAAUUUUGUAGUUGAAGUGGUUUCUCUCUUCUUUCAAGACUCUGAGAGGCUUCUUAAUGAACUGACAAGAGCUCUAGAGCAGAGAAGUGUAGAUUUCAAAAGAGUGGAUGCCCAAAUUCACCAGUUAAAGGGUAGCAGCUCCAGCAUUGGUGCUCAGAGAGUUCAAAGAGUCUGCAUUGCCUUCCGCAACUUCUGCGAUGAGCAGAAAAUUGAAGGGUGCAUAACAUGUCUAGAACAAGUGAAGCAGGAGUAUUCUCUUCUCAAAAACAAGCUUGAAACUCUAUUCAAGCUUGAGCGGCAGGUUUUGGACACAAAGGGGUCUAUUUCUAUGUAAUAUGAUGCAAAAUAUUAGUAGACAAAUACUAGAGAGAGAGUGAAAAGGUAUUCCUGUCUCUUCUUUGUUUGAUCUCUACUCCACUAUCUAGUUUUGUAUCAGUUGUAUUAGCAGUGGCAGACAAUGUGAAUAAACCCUUCCAUAGUUGCUGUUUCUACUCA